AUGUGCUCAGGAGUGUUUAUUGCAGGUCGCAAUGAAGGACUAAAAGAAAAAGAUGAUCUUCCUUCAGAUCUUAUGAAAUAUGCAACGGUUACUAUUGAUCACAAGGAUUUAUCAGCAAGCAGUUCUUUUUUCGGAUUAGCUCACAGUAAAGCUAUAUAUCGUCCGGGACUCGGUGCAACACUAAUUCAUGAAUUAACAGAAAAAGAAAUUCGUGCACAAAAAUUCAAUCUAACUUCACCACCUGAUGUCAAUCAAGAUGAUAUCCCAUGGCCAAUGGGUGAUAAAACAGAUCAUUAUAGCAUUCCGUCAAACAUCAAUCGAACACUAUUACAAGACGCUAUUAGUAGUUUGUUUAUUGAGAAAGAUCGAAAGAAAUUGAUUAACACACGAGCGGUAGUGGUCGUGUACGAUGGAAAAUUGAUUGCUGAACAAUAUGCUCGAAGUUGGCCACGAACUUCGAAACAUCUAGGUUGGAGUAUGACCAAAAGUAUUAUUAGUGCACUUUUUGGCAUUGUGGCGCAAGAGAAAAACCUUGAUAUCAAUGGACCUGCUCCAGUAUCUGAAUGGAAUGAAAGCGAUGAUCCUCGUCAUUCAAUAACAAUUAAAGACUUAUUACAGCAAACGAGUGGUUUGAAUUUCGUAGAAGAUUAUACUUCGAGCAGCGAUGCACUAAAAAUGUUAUAUUUAACCAGCAACAUGGCUAAAAAUGCCGCUUCACAUGCGUUAGGAGAUAAACCAGGCACUCAAUUUUCUUAUUCUAGCGGGAAUACGAAUAUAUUGUCACGUAUCAUUCGUGAUAUAGUUGGUGAAAAUGAAUAUCAUUCUUUUCCUUAUCGAAAAUUGUUCUACAAGCUUGGUAUGAAUAGUUUUAUUAUGGAAGUCGAUGCAUCAGGAACUUUCGUUGGUUCAUCAUAUUCGUACGGUACUGCUCGUGAUUGGGCACGUUUUGGUCUUCUGUAUUUAAGCAACGGACUGUAUAACAACGAACAAAUAUUGUCGAAAGAUUGGAUCGAACAAACAAUUAAAUCUAGUGGUGCUAACCGAGGCUACAGAUAUGGAUUUCAGUUUUGGUUAAAUAACCCUGUGAGUGAUGAUUCAUCUGAACGGCGAUUUCCGAACGCACCGACAGAUAUGUAUUAUGCAUCUGGCAAUCUAGGACAAAACGUAUUUAUUAUUCCAUCGAAAAAAUUAGCCAUCGUUCGUCUGGGUGCAACAAAAACUCCCGGAAGCGACUAUGGAGCAGAUGACUUUUUAAAGACUGUAAUUGCUUCAAUUGAAUAA